AUGUGUCCCGGAGAACUUUUUGCAGGUAACCUAGGCUUGGUACCGCAGUACAGCUGGUCGCGCGCUGGAAACGCCAUAAUACUCCUUGGUGAAUACAGAUUUAAAAAGAGAUCCCGCCACAUAAACCAGAAGCAGGAGAUCCACUGGGUGUGUAACAAAUGCGACAAGGGCUGCAAAGCGAAGCUGACCACAUUAAAUGACGCCAUCAUCAAGAUCUACAAUGUCCACGACCAUAACGGAUUAAGGAAAGUUAAAUGA